AUGGUGUACAAACUGUCCAAGGCGUUGUAUGGUCUUCGACAAGCCCCUCGGGAUUGGAAUGCACGCCUUGAUAAGUACCUGAAGCAGAUUGGUUUCAGAAGAUGUGUUCAUGAGUAUGCAGUGUACAUAAGAAAGUCGAAAGAAAACGUGUUAAUAGUAGGGGUCUAUGUUGAUGACCUCAUUGUCACCGGAGGAAAUGAGGAUGAGGUAAACACAUUCAAGAAACAAAUGAACUGGGAAUUUGAAAUGAGCGACUUGGGGCUGUUAUCAUACUACUUGGGUAUCGAAGUGACUCAAGAAAAGAAUGGAAUCAGCUUAAAACAAACAGGGUAUGCUAAGAAUUUGUUGAAAAAGAUGGGCAUGGAAGAAUGCAAUGGAGCAAAGGUACCCAUGGAGCACAAACUGGAAUUAACAAAGGAUGAAGAUGGUGAACCCGUAAAUGCUACUAAAUAUAGAAGUAUUGUUGGUGGUCUGAGAUACUUAUGCCACACUAGACCUGACAUAACAUAUUCAGUGGGAAUUGUAAGUCGUUUCCUUGAAAGGCCCACUAAACUUCACCAUCAAGUUGUGAAGAGAAUUCUAAGAUAUAUACAGGGAACUCUCAAUCUUCGACUGUUUUACCCUCAAAGCUCUAGAAAGAAUGAAGUGAUUGCAUUCUCAGAUAGCAAUCACACCCGAGACCUGGUUGACAGAAGAAGUACAAGUGGAAUGGUGUUCUACUUGAAUGAAAGUCCAGUGACAUGGAGUUCCCAGAAACAGAGAUGUGUUGCACUGUCAUCGUGUGAAACGGAGUUUAUGGCAGCAACUAUGGCAACAUGUCAAGGAGUCUGGCUUCGUUGUUUGAUCCAGGAGAUAACAGGGAAAAGCUAG